AUGGUGAGACAUGGGUUGAGUGACCUUUCCCUGAUAGAUCAAAACAAAGAAAAGGCAGUUCAAGACAUUGUUGCAGAAGUGCUGACAACAAGAACAGCCGCACUUGAUGCUAUAUUUACAGGCAUGAACACAUGUGACCUUGGAACAUUGAUGAGGUCCAAUCCAUCUGUUACAUCCAUUGUGUUCCCUAGUCCAGAAGAUGUAGAAGAUGAUGUGAAGUUAAUGAAGGCCAGGUUCAAAGGAAUUGACUCGUUUGAUUUUGAUACUAAUGAAAAAAGAAAUCCGGUGCAGUGGUUUCUUGAUUUUUUAGAAGAAGCUGACAAAGAAUCGGGUAUGGGGCCAUACACAAAAUAUGUGACACUUGUUUUCCGAUUUGUGAUACCCCAAUCCCCCUGUGACAAUCUGUGA